AUGCAGUCCCUGGUGCCGACGAGCCGGCGGACAAGCCAGCAGCAGGUGCGGGAGCGCGAGAGGGAGCGGGAACGCGAGGGAGAAUGCGAUGUGGGGCUUAGCCUGCACCCAUAUGUGAUGGCGCCGAGCCCGGACACCGCGGGCAAGGGCACGGACUCACGCGAGGACACAAUAUUGGCGGGGGCAAACCGCAUGGAGCCGAACGGCUUUGGCGUGGGGGCGCGCGGGAUGAGCAUGUACGACCGCAAGCAGAUGAUGAGGGUUGGGGAGCAGGAGACAAAUACUUCUUGCAAUGUAUAA